GUCCACGAAAUCGUUAAACGAACGCCGCCGCGGUCGGGGCUUGGAAGAGUAUGAGGAUGGGGCCAGGGUCUCCUUCGACACGGCCUCCCUUGUGUCCGAGCGUGUGGAUGCUGAAAUCUCCAAAAGGUAUGACAUCGACAUGCGCGAGAUUGGAAUCGGAGGAUACGGAAAGGUGUUCUUGGCAAAAGACCGGAUGUUCAAGGACCGCCAGGUGGCCAUCAAAAAGGUGGUCAAAAUCGAUGAAGAGCGAGACUCCGCCUUCAAGAAGGAGGUGACCAUCAUGAAGCUCCUGGAUCAUCCCAACAUCUGCCGCCUCUUCGAGACGUAU